AUGGCCUCCGCUCCCACCACACAGCCCAACCUGGCUGCCCUGCCCGCCCAUUCCAUGAGCGACACGAACAUCACCAGUCACAUUGCUUCGCGCUACCACAGCCAUCUCCCCAUCACGAAUCUAUCGUCCCAGGGAUACAUCUCCGUUAAUACAUACACGUCGUCUGCCAAGGGCCCAAAUGGCGGCAAGGAAGGCAGCGCGAUGGGCGCCGCGGAAGAGCUGGCGGGUCGCAUGUGGGCGCGUCUGGGAAGUCGUCAGGAGAAUCAGGCCGCUGUGUUCCUUGGAGAAUCAGGUACCGGCAAGACUACCAUCAGAUCGCAUUUGCUUUCAUCGCUCUUGCAACACUCGUCAACGCCUCUGUCCAAGAAACUGUCUUUUGCGGCUUUUGUCUUCGACACCCUCACCACGACCAAGUCCGUGACCACCCCAACUGCGUCCAAGUCCGGACUGUACUUCGAACUGCAGUAUGACACCUCGUCCACAUUGCACCCAACCCUCAUUGGUGGCAAAGUCCUCGACCACAGACUGGAGCGCAGCCGCAUUUCGACGGUACCACCGGGGGAGCGGAAUUACCACAUCCUCUACUACCUCCUCGCGGGCACUUCAGCUGCUGAGAAGGAACAUCUGGGCCUCGAACUUGGCAGCAGUUUGCCAGUCGGCCCGGGCAACAGAGCAUCUUUGGGCGGUGGCACGAAAAGAUGGCGAUAUCUUGGCCAUCCAUCUCAGCUUAAAGUUGGGAUUAAUGAUUCUGAAGGCUUUCAGCACUUCAAAACCGCACUGCGAAAGCUGGAGUUCCCCCGCGAAGAGAUAGCACACAUGUGCGAGGUUCUGGCCGCCAUCCUGCACAUUGGGCAGCUCGAGUUCAUCACCUCGCAGUCUACGACUCCCGCGCCUGAUGAGAGUGGAGGCUACGGUCACGAAGGUGGCGAGGAAGUCACUGUGGUCAAGAACAAGGACACCUUGACAGCUAUUGCUGCUUUCCUCGGAGUUGCGGCGAACACCCUGGAGCAAUCGCUCGGCUAUAGGACGAAGAUUCUGCACCGCGAACGUGUGACGAUCAUGCUGGACCCCAAAGGUGCCAGGGAAAACGCCGAUGAACUCGCCCGCACUCUCUACAGCUUGCUUGUUGCCCUCAUCAUGGAAAAGAUCAAUCAGAGAACGUGCGCCAUCGAAGAAUCUGUGGCCAACACUAUAUCAAUGGUCGACUUCCCCGGUUUCUCUCAGACCUCGUCAACGGGCAGCGUCCUCGAUCAACUUCUGAGCAACGCCGCGACGGAAUCAAUGUACAAUUUCUGUCUCCAGAGCUUCUUCGAAAGGAAAGCCGACCUUCUAGAGACUGAAGAAGUGCAAGUCCCAGCUACCAGCUAUUUCGACAACAGCGAUGCGGUCAAGGGUCUCCUCAAGCCAGGAAACGGCCUCUUGAGCAUCCUGGACGAUCAGAUGAAGCGGGGAAAGACUGAUAUGCAGUUCUUGGAGUCCUUGCGCAAGCGUUUCGAAGCCAAGAACCCGGCCAUCGAGGUGGGUAGCGCAACUGUCACGCUUCCUGGCAACAAUUUCGCUACCCACAAUGCUUCCGCCGCUUUCACGGUCAAGCACUUUGCCGGCGAAGUGGACUACCCUGUGGAAGGCCUUCUGGAGGAGAACGGCGAGGUCAUCUCUGGCGACCUGAUGAACCUUGUCAACACCUCGAGCAGCGACUUUGUCUCAGAAUUGUUUGGCCAGGAAGCCCUGAACAAGGUCGUGCACCCAAAGGAUCGCUCAGCAGUCACCCAAGCUUCUGUCGCCUCGAAACCAUCUCGAAUGCCCAGCAUGGCUCGACGCAAGGGUGGCCGCCCCAACAAGCUCGGCUCACGGCGUAACGAACUCGACGAUGACAAGAGCAGCGACGAAGGCACUAGGAGCUUCUCGCGCUUCAACAAGCCUAACGGCCCUCAAGCGGGAGCUGCAGCACAGUUCCUCUCCUCCCUCGACAACAUCACCAAGUCACUCACCGCACCCAACACCAACUCUUACUUUUUCUUCUGCUUGAAGCCCAACGACAGACGGAUAGCGAACCAGUUCGACAGCAAGUGCGUACGGACACAGAUUCAGACCCUGGGCAUUGCCGAGAUCGCACAACGACUGAAGAAUGUCGACUUCAGCAUCUUCAUGCCGUUUGGCGAGUUCCUGGGCACAGCCGAGGGCGAAGUCACUGUUGUUGGCACCGAGCGAGAGAAGGCUGAAAUGAUCUUGGACGAGAAGAGCUGGCCGGGCAACGAAGCGAGAGUCGGUACUACUGGUGUCUUCCUCAGUGAGCGAUGUUGGCGACAGAUAGCGAAUGUCGGCGACCUUGGCGAUCCUCCCGUACCAUACUCUGACGAAUCGUAUGGCAACUCAGGCAUGCUUACUCCCAUCGACGCGAAGAAGGGUUUUGCAGAAUCGCGAACCCAACUUCUGACCCCUGGCUCUGGAUACUACGAUGACAAGGCCGCUGGGUACUUUGGCAGCCGGGAUCUGGACGCAAAGAGUGAGGCCGGUGCCUCUGCCUUCAGAGAGGGCGACAUGUUCCGCAAUCUUGAAACCCGCUCCCAAAUGGCCGAGAAAGGCAACGAAGUCAAGACCACCGAGAUCGAGGAGCGGCCUACCUCUGGCAGUCGCAUGAGGUGGCUGGUCAUAGUCUAUUUCUUCACCUGGUGGGUCCCAGACUUCGCCAUCCGUGUCAUCGGCCGCAUGCCUCGUAAAGACAUCCGCAUGGCGUGGAGAGAAAAACUGGCCAUCAACAUGAUCAUCUGGCUGUCCUGCGCUUUCGUCGUCUUCUUCAUGAUUGGCUUCCCGCGCAUCAUCUGCCCGACUCAGCACGUGUAUAGUCUGGAAGAGCUCACGUCAUAUAAUGGCAAAGACGGGGCGAAGUCUUAUGUUGCCAUUCGCGGUGUUGUCUUCAACCUGGAUGCUUUCAUGCCGGCCCACUACCCGAACAUUGUUCCUGAAUCCGCCUUGAAGAAGUACGCUGGUACGGACGCAACGAAUCUGUUCCCAAUCCAGGUUUCGGCCAUGUGCCAAGGCGUCAACGAAUCCGGCAUUGAUCCUGCUGUUCAGCUCAACUACCAGAGCCACAACUACACUGGCCAGUCGGAUGCUGUUAGUAGCAGUGACAGCAACGCACAGUACCACGAUUUCCGAUGGGCCACCAACGACUCACGACCGGCUUGGUUCAUCGAACAGAUGAUCUACCUCCAAGGAAACUACUGGAAGGGAAAUGUGGGCUAUUCACCACAAUACCUCAAGACGCUUGCCGACAAGCAGAACUACGUUGCCUACAUCAACAACCGCGUGUACGAUCUGACCGAGUACGUCGCUGGUGGCAGACAGCCGCAGUAUCGUCCAGGAACCCAGAAGCCGGAUGUAGCACCAAACUCGAACUUCAUGGACGAGACGGUCGUCGACCUGUUCCAGCAGCGCUCCGGCCAGGACGUUACCAAAUACUGGGAAGCACUCAACAUCGAUCCUGCCCUCAGGCAACGAAUGGAAGUCUGCCUCAACAAUCUCUUCUACGUUGGAAAUGUCGAUACUCGAAGCAGCCCGCAGUGCCAGUUUGCAAAGUACAUCCUGCUUGCAAUCUCCCUGAUGCUGGUGUCUGUCAUCUGCUUCAAAUUCUUGGCUGCUCUGCAGUUCGGCAAGAAGAACGUCCCGGAGAACCUCGACAAGUUUGUCAUCUGUACCGUUCCGGCGUACACAGAAGACGAGGAAUCACUUCGCCGUGCCAUCGAUUCUGCUGCUCGCAUGCGAUACGACGACAAGCGCAAACUACUGUUCAUUAUUUGCGACGGUAUGAUCAUUGGACAGGGCAACGACAGACCGACUCCUCGCAUUGUAUUGGACAUUUUGGGCGUGUCAGAGACCAUUGACCCGGAACCUCUCAGCUUCGAGUCUCUGGGCGAAGGUCAGAAGCAGCACAACAUGGGCAAGGUCUAUUCCGGACUUUACGAAGUGCAAGGGCACAUCGUGCCCUUUAUCGUUAUUGUGAAGGUCGGGAAGCCUUCUGAAGUCUCUCGACCUGGCAACCGUGGCAAGCGUGACUCCCAGAUGAUCCUUAUGCGCUUCCUCAACCGCGUCCACUAUAACAUGCCUAUGACCCCGCUCGAAUUGGAACUCCAUCAUCAAAUCAGGAAUGUGAUAGGAGUUAAUCCAACCUUUUACGAGUUCCUACUACAGAUCGAUGCCGACACAGUUGUGGCUCCGGAUUCUGCCACUCGAUUCAUCUCUGCAUUCGUCAACGACACAAAACUGAUCGCCGUCUGUGGUGAAACGGCCCUCACCAACGCCAAGGCAUCCUUCAUCACGAUGAUGCAGGUGUACGAGUACUACAUCUCGCACAACCUCACCAAGGCCUUCGAAUCGCUCUUUGGGUCCGUCACCUGUUUACCUGGUUGUUUCACGAUGUAUCGCAUUCGUGCAGCAGAGACUGGAAAGCCGCUCUUCGUGUCGCGCGAAAUCGUCAACGACUAUAGCGAAGUCCGUGUCGACACUUUGCACAUGAAGAACUUGCUGCACCUUGGAGAGGACAGAUACCUAACCACACUGCUGAUGAAGUAUCACUCGAAGUACAAGACGAAGUAUAUCAUGCGCGCUCAUGCUUGGACCAUCGCACCGGACAGCUGGACCGUCUUCAUGUCGCAACGUCGCCGAUGGAUCAACAGUACAGUGCACAACCUGAUCGAGGUCAUUCCCCUCCAACAGCUUUGCGGUUUCUGCUGUUUCAGUAUGAGAUUCGUGGUGUUCCUGGAUCUACUCUCGACGAUCGUGCAGCCCGUCAUUGUGGGAUACAUCGUAUACCUCAUUGUUGAGGUUGCCAGGAACCCUAGCAGUAUUCCUAUCACGGCCUUUAUCCUCCUGGGUGCCAUCUACGGUCUGCAAGCUAUCAUCUUCAUCCUGCGCCGCAAGUGGGAGAUGGUCGGAUGGAUGUUGAUCUACAUUAUUGCUACGCCCGUCUUCUCCUUCGGUCUGCCGUUGAUCGCCUUUUGGAACAUGGACGACUUCUCCUGGGGUAACACCCGUAUGGUCACGGGAGAGAAGGGCAAGCAAGUCCUUGUUUCUGACGAGGGCAAAUUUGAUCCCGACAGCAUUCCCAAGAAGAAGUGGGAGGAAUACCAAGCCGAGCUGUGGGAUGCCCAGACUCAACACGACGACACUCGUUCUGAGAUGUCUGGUAUCAGCUACGCGACGAAGAGCUGGCACCCAGCAGCAUCCGAGUUUGGCUACCAGCAGAGCCAUCACCACCACAUGAGCCAACUCACCAUCCCGCAGAUGCAGUACAAUGCUUCGCAUAUGUCACUGGCAGCAUGCGAUAAUGGCAUGGCGCGCAACUACUCAGGCUCUGAUCUGGGCAUGUCGGACAUGCCCAGCGAUGAUGCCAUUCUCGCCGAGAUUAGAGAAAUCCUGCGCACGGCCGACCUGAUGACCGUCACCAAGAAGAGCAUCAAGGCGGAGCUGGAGAGACGCUUCGGUGUGCCUAUGGAUUCGAGAAGACAGUACAUUGGCAGUGCCACCGAGGCCAUCCUGAGCGGACAACUUUGA